CUCACCAUGGGCUGGGGUAGUGGCACGUCUCGUCUCCCAUAUCUUGUGACCCCCCAACAAGCCAUCGCCAAUCUGUCUUCCUCCGCAGAAUUCUACAUCACUGACUCGUUCCCCUCCAACCUCAAUCCCAAUGCCUCUGAUAUCGCGCUCGUCUUCAUCAACGCCGACUCCGGCGAAAACUACAUCACCGUCGAAAACAACCCCGGUGACCGCACCACCGCAGAUCUCUACGCCUGGCACAACGGCGACGAUCUCGUCAAAGCCGCAGCGGACGUCUUCUCCACCGUCAUCGUGAUUGUCCACACCGUCGGCCCUAUUCUCCUCGAGAAUUGGAUUGAUCUGGACCCCGUCAAAGCCGUCCUCAUCGCCCAUCUCCCCGGUCAAGAAGCAGGCUACUCCCUAACCGACAUCCUCUUCGGCUCAUCCUCCCCAAGCGGCCACCUCCCCUACACCAUCCCCUACAAAGAAUCCGACUACCCAUCCAGCGUCGGUCUCCUCGACCAAGCCUUCGGACAAAUUCAAGACGACUUCACCGAGGGCCUGUACAUCGACUACCGCCACUUCCUCAAAGCCAACAUCACCCCACGCUACCCGUUUGGUCACGGCCUCUCCUACACCACCUUCACCUACUCCACUCCAUCCCUCACCACCGUCACCGACCUCGACACUGCCUACCCCCCAGCUCGCCCCUCCAAAGGCCCAACCCCAUCGUACAGCACCGCCAUCCCAAACCCAUCCGAGGUCGCCUGGCCAUCCUCCUUCUCUCGUAUCUGGCGCUACUUGUACCCAUAUCUCGACAACCCGCAAUCCGUCACCAACUCCUCUUCAUCCUCAUACCCCUAUCCAUCCGGCUACUCCACCACUCCGAAACCUGCACCCCGAGCUGGUGGUGGCGCCGGUGGAAACCCCGCCCUGUGGGAUGUUGCCUUCGCGGUAGACGUAACUAUCACAAACAGUGGGAACGUUAGUGGUCGCGCUGUGGCCCAGCUGUAUGUCGAGCUACCGACUGAUACACUGGGGGUAGAUGCGCCGUCGCGGCAGCUGAGACAGUUUGAGAAAACGGGGAUCCUGGAGCCCGGGGACAGUCAGACGGUGGUGCUAAAUGUUACGAGGAAGGAUGUGAGUAUUUGGGAUGUUGAGGUGCAGGAUUGGAGGGUUCCUGUGGGUGGGGAGGGGGUUAGAUUCUGGGUUGGAGAGAGUCUGGGCGAUUUAAGAGGGAGUUGUUUGGUCGGGGGUGGGUGCGAGGGUGUGUCAUUGAUGGCUGUAACAGCAGGUGUCGAGUUAUGUAUUUGUGACAAGAACGCUGAUAAGAACCAUCCUAUUCGAUGUGAGAACCUCCAGCACGACUUCGAUCGCAUCCGCAAAAUAGUCCAUGAGCUUAGAAGUAUUCGUAUUUAUGGCUAG